GGGCGACCGUCGUGUGAAUCUUACCAAGAAGUUGGAACAAUCGGCCGUCCUACAUUCAGCAUUCUGUUAUUUUCUUCGUAAUAACUUUCCCUGAUCCGUUCGAUAUUCGAUUAUUUGCUAAUCCGAUAGGAUUCAUUAUUCCGAUUGACCUGUUUAAUUGUCGAAUGAACGCGAGUUUUCGAACACAAGCAGCGAACGACGAAGGAGAAAAGGAUGAAAAACACCUGGGAAAGAGAGGGAAUAAGAGCGCGGGGUGGGGGAGAGCCAGAAGGAACCGAUGACUGUUAGGUGACUUCAGUAUGUUCGGAAAUUUUGCUUUUCUAAUGGGUCGUCGCUUAUUUUUUUUCCCGAACACAAAUGUACGAGCCGCCGCUGCCGCUUGCGCUCUUCCAUAAUAGUCUCUGUGCGGUAAAUGAAAUCGCGUGUUUACCAUAGCAUGUAUUUCCACUCGACCGCUCAUCGAAAGGUUCUCUUCCACUGAUUGGCCUACAUAACCUAACAAUUAUGAAUUUGCAAACGCUUUUCCAAGACUUCAAUCCAAGCAAAUUUCUGGUACAUUCAUGCUUGAUGAUAUUCACAUCUCUGUUCGCGCUUCGAUUGGACGGCUUCAUAGAAUGGAGUUACUGGUCGAUAUUCGGCCCGAUAUGGUUCUGGAAGGGUAUGGUUAUUUUGGGCGCUAUAAUAGGAAGCUACGUCUGGUGGAGGCAUCCGCAUGCGAGAUUAGAGGGAGACGCUUAUGUGCAUUAUAAGGCGAUGCUGAUCACCUUGGCGUUACACCUGAUUCUGCUGAUGUUCGAGCUGUUGGUGUGCGACAAGUUAGAAUCCGAGAGACACUUGUGGAUACUCGUAUUCAUACCUUUGAUAUUUAUCUCAAUAGUAUCAAUCGCUGUCUGCAUCUGGGCUGUAAAGCACGAUCGAUCGUUCGAGCUUGAACUGUUCUGCGCGGUGAAUGUGUUGCAAUUUAUUUUUCUGGCAUUGAGAUUGGAUGGUUUUAUAACAUGGAGCUGGGAGGUUGUAUUUGUGCCGCUGUGGGCGCUCCUUUGUUUAUCCUUGGUGGCUGUUUUAUAUGCGAUAGUAUUUGCCGCUGUUUUACUGAGAACGCCGCAAAUUAACGCCCGACAGAGGCGAACCUCGUUGAAUUCGGCGUUGGCGUACACGUUUCUCGUUGUUCCCAUUUUAGUGUUUCAGGUACUGCUGGCAAAUAAAUUGGAUGGAGAUAUUUCAUUGAAUUACACAACGGUAGCGAUGCCGCUGCUUGUGUCACACAUGACCCUUAUUUUUAUGUCCUUUGGUGCAAAGGGUGGCAAUAGAUGGUGGUUUGGUAUCAGGAAGGACUUUUGUCACUUUCUGCUAGGCUUAUGCCCGUUGCUUCAAGAAUAUGGUAAUAUUUCGUAUCAGCCGAGAGACGAGCGAGAUCAACCACCAUCUGAGCCAAUGAUUUCGGAGAAAGGCGAAAAGCUCAUUAAGAAAAUCGACCUAAUGAAACCUGUUGUGCCUAUAAUCUCUAUAGACAUGCCUGACUGAUUGGUUCGAAGCAGGGUUUGCUCGGAUAUUUUACAAGUGUUAUUUUCAACACAAUUGGUUUAUACAGAAGCCGUAUAUCUUGUAUAAAAUAAGCAGGCCUUAUUAAGCAAAGAAUGGAAUUAUAUGAAUAUAUAUGCCAGUUGGGAUACAAGACUGAGCACCUCGCAUCUCUAAACUAGUGUCGUUGAAACGGGAAAAACAUAGGGAGUGGAGGAGAAAAACGGCGAAAAAGAAAAUGGACAUAAUAUCUAGACGAGCGAUGUUGCUGUUAAAACGUUGCUGGACAUCGUAAUAUUGAAUGCCCGAUCAUUUAUUAUGUUACAAAAUGUAGAAAUAAUUGUACAGACUGUUAUAUAUCACAAUAACAUUACGUGUAUAUUAUAUAUAUAUAUAUAUAUAUAUAUAUGUAUGUAUAUAUAUAUAUAUGAUAUCAUGAAUAUUGAAUAUUAUAUGGGUCUACCGUAUAGCGGCAAACGAAUACUAGUAACAUUGUUAUUUUAUAUACAUGCAUGCAUAUACAUACAUAUUCACGGCGUAUGUAUGUAUAUAUAUAUAUCUAUAUAAAACAAAAGUACUAUUAUAAUCUAAUAAAGUUUCUAUUUUUUGGUAUCAA